CGGACAGCUGACUCUUCAGGCAGGUUAUAACAACAUGUUUCUGAACGCAAUUAAUAUCGACCAUCUUCCGCUUUUCCGUCUUGCAAAUGGCUCCCAAGUCGUACCGCAUCGUCGUUCUGCCAGGGGAUGGCAUUGGACCAGAUGUUAUCGCACAAGCAACGCGAGUGCUAGAGCUCGUCAGCGAGACAUCUACAUCGGUCAAGCUCGUCCUCGAAUCUCAUGACUUUGGUGGAUGUGCCAUCGACAAAUAUGGCGAAUCCCUUCCCGCAUCUACCCUGACAGCGUGUCAGCAGGCGGAUGCCAUUCUUCUGGGCUCUGUGGGUGGCCCCAAGUGGGGCCCCGAAGCAAAAGUCCGCCCUGAGCAAGGUCUUCUUGGCAUCCGCAAAGCUCUGGGUUUAUAUGCAAAUGUUCGCCCAGCGAACUUUGCGUCCGACGCCUUGCUUUCAUACACCCCUCUGAAGCCCGAGAUCGCCAGGGGUGUCGACAUGAUCGUCAUCCGUGAGCUGAUCGGUGGUCUAUACUUUGGUCCUCGCCAGGAACAAGGCGAUGGCGAUUCCGCAUAUGACACCAUGGUAUACAGCGUUGCCGAGGUCGAAAGAAUUACCAGGGUUGCAGCACAAAUUGCUCUUGCUGCCAACCCACCCCUCCCCAUCCACUCUAUCGACAAGGCAAACGUGCUUGCAAGUUCGAGGUUGUGGAGAAGGGUUGUCACCGAGACACUUGCAAAGGAAUACCCCCAGUUGACUGUUGACCACUAUCUCGUUGACUCCGCUGCAAUGAUCAUCGUGGCUAACCCCAAAAAGUUGAACGGUGUAAUCUUGACUGAGAACAUGUUCGGUGACAUCUUGUCAGAUGAGACGAGUGUUAUCCCUGGUUCUCUGGGAUUGCUGCCAUCGGCAUCCCUUGCUGGUGCACCUGCACUAGCUUCAGACCCCUCUUUCAAGCCUACUUCAGGCAUAUACGAGCCUAUUCACGGCUCUGCCCCCGACAUCGCUGGCAAGGGCAUUGCUAAUCCAAUCGGCACCAUUCUCAGCGCAGCCAUGCUCCUGCGGUACUCCCUUGGUCUCGAGAAAGAGGCCCAGGCUGUUGAGACUGCCGUUCGCAAGGUGUUGGAUGAGCCGAGUGCUGGUGGAUAUGGCAUCAGAACAGCUGAUUUGCAAGGGAAAGCAACGACUGUCGAGGUCGGCGACAAGGUCGUCGAGGUGCUCAAGUCCUUGCUGUAGAUAAAUCGACGAAAGUAUACGACUAUGGCAGAAUCAAUGGAAGUGUACAUGUAUUCUACUACUGAAAUCAACAAAUUGAUCCGAUCGAGUAU